AUGGAUGAAGAAAUGCUAGAGGCUGCUGUCCAAUUUGUGGACGAACUUGUUGAACUUGGGGUACUCCGAAGCAUCGAUGAAGGGCUGACCGUCCUCACCAAUGCCCCUCUAUUUGUGGUCGGGAAGGAUGGCCAGCCGGGACAAUGGCGGGUAAUUGCCGACAUGCUACGGGGUGGUCAGAACGAUUGUGUUGGGCAGGACCCUGUCUUCAUGCCCAGGAUUGCUCACAUUGUGGACCAAAUGUACACUGAAGGAUACUCAGCAGUGGUCGACCUGUCCAAGUUCUUUUAUGACCGACCGUACCUUGGUCUCCUACAUCCUAAGACCGCGGAGCUACUGACCUACUAUGGGCUAGCUAUGGGAGCCGGCAACAGUCCAGCCAUUGCCUGCCGAAUCGGUCUCGCCUUUGUACGACU